AUGACCGUGGAAGGCAACAUUAGCUGGUCCGAAUUGCUGAAGCCCACCAUUACCACAGCUCAACAUGAUAAUGACGACAACCGAAUUGCCAUGGCAACCGAGACGUUGAAGCAAGCAGCACGACGAUUCGUCGAGGUGCUCAAUGAGCGUGCAAGACUAUUAGCAAAAAGUGCUCAGUUUGAGACAGCGUUACGUGAUGCAGCAGCUAUAAGGGCCAUAUUACCUGAAUCAGGACUUGGAUAUUUGUGUAAUGGUGACAUUUAUGGGCAGCAAGGGCACUACAAUGAAGCUAUUGCCAUAUACGAUCAAGGGCUUGAAGCAGUACCGCAUUCUGAUCCAUAUUAUCAGCAACUCCAACAAAAUCGAAUGGAAGCAGUAAUCAACAACAACAAACGCGUGGACUUUAUCAGCCGGUUGCCAUUGGAUAUCGUUAUCACCAAUAUUAUACCAAGGAUGGAGCCAGCCUAUUUGGACCCGGAUGUAUUGUAUGAGCCUCUUUAUGUAUCACGUACCUGGCAGGAGCGUAUCUUGCAGCAACCCAAGGGCUUGAAGUUUCAAUUUCGUAGAGCAGUCGUCACCUUCAAAAAUGGCCAUGCACAGCUCAUCCGAUUUGCACCCUAUGUACAGACCUUGAGUGCUUCUCUGUUGGACGUUCAUUUGGAUGACCUCUUUUCUCGUGCACACUUUUCCAAUCUAAAAGAACUCGAGGUAUUCAGCCCUCAUGGUUCAACUCCUCGCCUUCCAUUGAUCCAUGGAUUACAAAUCAUUGCUGAUUCACUUACACACUUGGCCGUCUAUCAGUGUCCUGGCCUUGAAUUGGGUGAUCUCCUGCAAACAUGUCCCAAUCUUGUAUCUCUCAAAACAAUGCGUGUGGAUGCAAUUAGGCCGUUAUCAUCAAGUUAUCCCAAGAUCAAGCUCCUUGAACUCGACGAAAGACUAGAUCAAACCCACACGCAUGAUCAUAUGGUCGACGUCCUAAGUCGAUUUCCUUCCUUACGUAUGCUAAAGAUAUCGCCAAUGCCUGCCACCACUAUUUUGCCUAUCUUACACAAGCAUUGUCCUUAUCUACAGGCUGUUUCUUUGGGGUGCAGGAGCCCCGAUUUUGACGUAACUGCAGCAAAUGGUCAUCUAAAUCGAAAAGGGAUCACAUCAGCUUAUUUGGGCCAUGCCAAGUUUUAUCAAGAUGAUGUUACCGAGUUCUUAUACCAGCAGAGAGAUUCAUUGGAGAUCCUCGAGUUUCAUGGCAAGCUUGAAGUCAACAAUGCUCGUUGGAAAAUAUCAGCUGAUGGGCGAGUUCAACCUCAUAGUACAAGUUUGCGGAUUGAGAACGACUUGUCAUCUCCAGUAUCAUUUACACGAUUAGUCGACCUUCGGUUUACGGAUAUUGCUCCAUAUAUACAAGAUGUCCCUAUGUUACAGUGGAUUGUAUGGAACGCACCCAGCCUCAACGCAAUCGACAUCCCUCUUUCAUAUUUUCAGCCUGACAUUGCGAAAGCCAUGAUCAAAUUGAAUCAUCUUAAAAGGGUACAAAUCGUAGACAACGACAUUAACAGCGAAAUCCUCGAUGAUAACGACGAUGGCUUACAGCAAUUCUUUGAUUAUCAUGUCGCUAUGGGGGAUCGCUCAACACUCGAACAUGUAGUUGUGCAAAUGGACUUUUUGGAUGCGGCUAAACAAACAUGGUUGUCUUUAUUAUCAAGAUUGAGAUGCCUCAAGAUCCUCGAAAUAGGCGGUGACAGAAGCGUCACGUAUUGCACCAUUGACGAUAAUUGCAUACCCAUCAUAAAAAGGAUACGCCGAGACUGCCACGCUCUUGAAAAGUUAAUGGUUAAUGGGAAGGUGCCAAUUUGGUUAUCGGACUCAUAG